AUGGAAAAAGAGAGAGGGAUGGAGGAGGAGGAGGAGAAGAAGAAGAGAGAAGAAGAAAGAGGGAGGGAGGAUAAAAGAGAAGGAGAAAGAGGGAGGGAGGGGGAGAAGAAGAAAGCAGGAGAAAGAGAGGAAGGGAGGAGAAGAAGUGAGAAGGAGAAAGAGAGAAGAGGAGAGGUGAAGAGAGAGAAGGGGGAAAAGAGGCAUGGAGGAGGAGAAGGAGGGAGGAGGAGAGGAAAGAGGGAGGGGGAGGAGGAGGAAGAAAAGAGAGAAGUAGAAGAAGAGAGUGAGAGAAAGGGGGUAGAGAGAGAGGGAGGGAGGAGAAGAAGAAUAGAGGGAUGGAGGAGAAGAAGAAUAGAAGGAGGGAGGAGAAGAAGAGAGAAGGAGAGAGGGAGGGAGGGGAGUAGGACAAGAAAGAGUGAGGAGGAGAAAGAGGGAGGAGGAAAAGAAGAGAGGGAACAGGAGCAGAAGGGGGAUGAUGAGGAGAUGAAGACGAGAGUGGGAGAGAAGGAGGGAGGAGGAGUAGAAGAAGAGAGAAGGAGAAAGAAACGGAAAACAAUCUUCUUAGCCUCACAUUACCCUCUGAUGGUCUUCAAGAAAGAGCCAGGUCCAACCAAUCAUAAAGGUUGUGCACUUGCCUCCAGACUAAAAGAGCCUGUCACAGAACAGGAGGAAGACCAGAUACAGACAGGCCAGAAAGCAAGAAGAGGAGGGGAGUGA